AUGUCUCACGUCCCAAGCUCAACCGGUGGCUCGAACCAGCCAGGCGGUGGUAAAGACCAAUUCAACCAGGCAUCUGGCAACGAGCCAGCUAGCAACAACAAGCACCAGCCAGGCAAGCUCGUAGGCAACGACCAAGUACCUGAGUUCAGCGCAGAGACUCUCCCAGCCGGCACCGCCCCAGCACCAAAGACCUUCCAACCAAACCCAAGCGACGAAGCACCACCUGCCCCAGCCUCCGGCACAACUGCAGCACAAGAUACUAUCGGCGGCUCCACAUCUGCGGACGUACACGCCGGCCUGGGCAAGCCAAUCUCGGGACAGAGCUCGAAGGAGUUGCACGAUGGAAGCCAGCAGCGAGCGGGCGGUAUAGAGGGUUUGAAGAGUACUGGCCAGGGCACAAUCAACCCACAUGACCCAGCACACGCUGGUCAGCGAGCGUUGGAUAAAGAUGAGGCGACGAUUGGUCGUAGUGAUGUGCCGGAUGCGCAAGAGAGGCUGCCACAGAGCGCGGAGAGUGUGGCGUCUGAGCGACCUUGA